AUGCUCUUCAACCUCCUGUGUGGUGCUGUUCUCUUCUUCCAGGUGUCUGCUCUCCCGUCUCUCGCUCCCCGUCAGGCGCUGUGCGACUACCCCCAAGAAGGCUUCCAACGCCAGCCUGACGUCUCGCACUUCUGGGGGCAGUACUCGCCUUACUACGCAGUCCGAUCGGAGAUCCCGACCGAGGUGCCAGACAAGUGCAAGAUCACCUUUGUCCAGCUGCUCUCGCGCCACGGUUCUCGUGACCCUACGGCUAGCAAAACGACCCAGUACAACGCCACGAUCGCCAAGAUCAAGAGCAAGGUGCCUGCCAGCGCAUACACGGGGCAAUAUGCCUUCCUCAAGGAGUACAACUAUACACUUGGCGCCGACGCGCUUACCCUGUUCGGUCAGCAGGAGAUGAUCAACUCCGGUAUCGCGUUCUUCGAGCGGUACUCCGCGCUAGCCAAGGGCGCCACGCCCUUCGUGCGUUCUUCAGGGGAGGCACGUGUCGUCGAGAGUGCACAGAACUGGACUCAGGGCUACCACCUCACGAAGCUCACCUCGGUCGGAGCGGACCACGACUACCCCUAUACACUCAUCUCCAUCCCCGAGGCGGACGGGGUGAACAACACGCUAAACCACGACCUCUGUGACCAAUUCGAGAACAACGCGACCUAUUCCUCGAUCGCCAGUACCGCGCAGUCCAAGUUCGCAGCAACGUUCAUCCCCGCCAUUCAGGCGCGGCUGAAUACCGCUCUGCCCGGGGCCAACCUCAGCAGCACAGAUACGAUCAACAUGAUCGAUCUCUGUCCGUUCAAUACGAUCGCCUCUCCCUCUGGGCAGGUGUCUGCUUUCUGCUCUCUGUUCAGCUUGGACGAGUUCAGGCAGUAUGAUUACUAUGAGACGCUGGGCAAGUACUAUGGGUACGGAGCUGGGAACCCGCUCGGUCCGACACAAGGCGUGGGGUUCACGAACGAGCUUCUUGCUCGGCUGACGAACACACCCGUGAAGGAUCAUACGAGCACCAACAGCACGCUCGACAGUGAUCCGGCUUCGUUUCCUCUCGGAGGGGAGUUGAAGCUGUACGCCGAUUUCAGUCAUGAUAACGAUAUGACGGGCAUCUUUUACGCCUUGGGACUGUUUAACUCCACCCCGGUGCUCACUACCACAGCGGCGAUGGACGUCUCCGCCACGAACGGGUACUCUGCUGCCUGGACAGUACCAUUCGCGAGCCGGGCGUAUUUCGAGAAGAUGCAGUGUGAGGGAGAGAGGGAGGAGCUAGUCCGGGUGCUGAUCAACGAGCGGGUGAUCCCCUUGCGCGAGAUGUGCGGGGGGGACAGGCUGGGCCGGUGCAGGCUGAGCAAGUUUGUCGGAGCGAUGAGCUUUGCUAGGGAGGGAGGACACUGGGAUAUAUGUUUUGCGUAAGCAGGCCGGCCGUGCGUGCGUGCGUGCGUGCUACAGACAUAAGACGAUACAUG